CUUGAAACCCCUAAGUCAUAGUGGUAGGAAAUGAGAGCGCAAAGAUCCUGUGGAACUUCCAGAUACAGAUUGACAUGAUAGUAAUGCGAACCACCCAGAUAGUGUAGUGGGGGAUAUAGAUCUUGGAGAACAGACCGUCAUUGUGGUGGAUGUGGCAGGACCAAGGAAAGGCAACAUUGAGAAGAAGGAACAUGAAGUUGCAAUAUGUGCUAUGAGUCAUCAGAAAUGGUCUUGUAACCACAGCGUGUCCACUCUAUAAGGAACUCAGUGAGCCUUCAUGAACAUAAAAGCAGAGAGAAGUUGGCUGAUGCUGUUUUUUCCUAACUGCACGAGCAUGAAGACUUUCAGCUUUCUUGUAACCUCAGCUGUGCUCAUGCUGCUGCUGGCAGCCGGCUACACCAGCGCCUACAAGCCCGUCAUCCUUGUGCAUGGGGUCUUAAGCGGACCAUCAUCUUUUAAAAAUCUCACUAGGUUCAUUAAGAAGGCGCAUCCAGGUACCGAGGUGACAGCGAUUGAUCUGUUCAACAAUGAAGAAAGCACUGAGCCCAUGUGGGAGCAGAUCGACGGCUUCGCGAAGGUCAUCCAAGAAAUCAUGGACAAGUCUCCAGAGGGAGUUCAUCUUCUGUGCUACUCUCAAGGGGGUCUAAUUUGCAGAGGAGUUCUUUCCAAGCUCCCAAACCACAACGUGCAGAACUUCAUUGCGCUGUCAUCACCACUGGCUGGACAGUUCGGAGUGACUGAAAUGUUACAUGAGAUUAUUCCUGUUUCUGGAAGAAAAUUAGUGUACCUUUUAUGCUACAGACAAUUUGCACAGAUGCACAUUUCUAUUUGCAACUAUUGGAAUGAUCCUCUUCGCAGGGUUAAAUACCUGAAAUUCAACAACUUCCUUCCACUGCUGAAUGGUGAAAAAGCGCACGGAAAAAUGGCAGAGUGGAAGAAAAACUUCUUGCGCAUCAAGAAGUUGGUGCUGAUUGGAGGACCAGAUGAUGAUGUCAUCACCCCGUGGCAGUCCAGCCAAUUUGGAUUCUACAACAACAAUGAAACCAUUAUUGAAAUGAGGAAACAGAUGUUUUACAGGAAGAACACGUUUGGUCUGAAGACUCUGGACACUCGCGGCGACUUAAUCAUGUGCACUCGGUCUGGGGUCAAACAUACGGAGUGGCACUCCAACAAAAAAGUGUUUAAGAAAUGCAUUCAGAAAUGGUUUGACUGAAGAUGAGACGACUCUGGGUUCAGUGCUGUCUCAAAUGAGCUUUGCAUGAACUUAAAAAAAAAAAUCUGCAACGCCUUCAAGUUCUAGUUAUCAACUCUUAGUGGCAUCUAGUGGUCAGGUGUAGAACUACAACCAACUGAACACCAAUAUUCAAAAAGAAAUUCCUUGAAGCACAGGCAACCAUAAGUGUGUUUCCAUCUGUCAGUUUAUGUUUCAUUUUAGGACAAACAUUUUAAUCUUUAAACUGCAUCAUUAGAUAAUGAAAUAAUUAACUAGAGUUUUGAUGACGUCCUUCAAAAUAGAUUUAAAAGUUUGUUUUUAUGAAAAUGAGAAAUAAAUAAGGGAUUAAACAAAAGAUUCCAUUAGAAAAUGUAAAAUGUAUGCAGCUUCAACAUGGAAAAAUUGCACUGAUUUUCAGUUUGAGCAGUUUACAUAGUUUGAGUUCACAUGGAUCCACUCAGUUUUUCUGCUUCUUAUUGCUUUCUUCUUUAAUAAACAUUUUACUUCUGGCAAAUUUGUAGUAAUGAUUUAUUUCUAAGAUGUAAAUGUUCUUUUUUUUGCUCUUUUUGUUAGGGUUUUUGAAGACUAAAACUGGUGACAAAAAUGCACCCCAAGCUUCACUGGUACACAUGUUGAAGACAUCAACCCCCCCAAAAAGAGUUGAGGAGAGCUUUGGUCAUCCACCGCAUAAGAG